AUGAGCAUGACGUCACUGUCAGCUAAUGCCCUACACGGAUUAAAGAUGGCGCCCUCUCACGCGCUGAGGUGCUGUAAACGGGCUUUGAAUUGGGUACCUGUGCUGUUUAUUAACCUGGUUGUUGGCUGGUCUUAUUACGCUUACGUCGUGGAACUCUGUGUCUAUACAAUCCCAAAUAAUGCAGAACGAAUCAGCUAUUUGGUCAUUUUUAAUAUUUUCUUUGGCAUGUUUAUAUGGUCAUACUGGAAAACCAUCUGGUCCAAACCAGCGAACCCCUCAGUAGCAUUUGCUCUGCCCAGAGCAGAGAAGGAGCUGUACGAGAAGGAGCAACGAGCUGAGGUGCAACAAGAGAUUCUGAAGAAAGUGGCAAAGAAUUUACCUGUGUACACACGCACACCUGGAGGAGCUGUCAGAUACUGUGAUUACUGCCAAGUAAUCAAACCUGACCGCUGCCAUCACUGCUCAACCUGUGAAAUGUGUGUGCUGAAAAUGGACCAUCACUGUCCCUGGGUGAAUAACUGUGUCGGAUUCUCAAACUACAAAUACUUUGUUUUGUUCUUGGCCUAUGCCACCCUCUAUUGUGUAGUCAUUUGUGCAACAGUGAUCAAGUAUUUCAUCAAAUUCUGGACCAAACAACUGCCCGACACAGAUGCCAAAUUCCACAUCUUGUUUCUGUUUUUUGUGGCGGCCCUGUUCUUUAUCAGCAUAGUGUCGCUUCUCAGCUACCAUCUAUGGCUUGUAGGAAAGAACAGGACCACUAUAGAGGCUUUUAGGGCUCCUGUGUUCCCGAAUGGUCCUGACAAAAACGGCUUUUCACUCGGCUGCAAACGAAAUGUAGCUGAGGUUUUUGGAGAUCGAGGAAAGUACUGGAUAGUUCCUGUGUUUUCAAGUCAGGGAGAUGGACAUUCCUUUGUCACCAGACUGGUUCACAUAGAUCCUGAACAAGCAAACAGUGUCCUGCAGCCAAAUGGCAAAAUCCCCGUUAAUGAAGAGACCAAUCCUUGUGUGCACAAUGACGAGCAACAUGCAGAAGAUAACAGCAAAGAGAAAAAAGAUGAAGGCCAGACAGUCACUGUGAUAGUGGACAGUGAGCCCUAAUGGGUCGUGUGCACAUCUAAAACCAAAACAAUGACGCCUUAAACCAGGAGCAUCAGCACCUCCGGCAGGAGCCAUCCUCCACCAUCAUGCUGAGUUUUAGUGCAGCCUCAAACUAAAUGUUGUGAGUGCAGGUAUUUAAGUAAAAAAAAAAAAUAUAUAUCCAAAGCAUAACAGCAAUACUGUUGUCAU